AUGGCCGCGCCGGGGUCACGCGCCGCCGAGCACAACCGAAGCGGCGGCCCCCGUCCGCCGAUCCGCUCCGGAACCGCGACCUGCUGCCUCCGGCCAAGCUCUUCGGCCCACCGUAACCCCCCACGGAUCGCCACCAGCCUCGCCGUGCACGGCUGCAGGUACCGCCACUGCCCAACUCGCCGCCCGUUCCCCUCGCCUUCUCGUUCGGUUCCGAUCCCGCGCCACCACGCGCGCACAGAGCUGGUUCCGGUGGGCGACGAGGGCACCCUAGCCGCCACGGCGGAGGAGGCGCGGCGCUGUGCCGGCGGAGGAGCGGCGGCCGUCGCGGUGGUGGGUCCGGACUUCGAGGCCUGCGACGAGACGGCGGCCGGCGCGGCGGUGGAGGCCGCGUGGCGCUGCUUCGGGGACGGCCUCGACGCCCUGGUGAACUGCUGCUCCUACGAGGGGGAAGUGCAAGAUUGCCUCAGCAUAACUGAAGACGAGUACGAGAAGACCAUGAAAAUCAAUGUAACCACACCAUGGUUUCUCAUCAAGGCGAUCGCAAAGAGGUUCCGGGACGCGCAAUCCGCUGGAUCUAUAGUGUGCUUAACACAGAUCAUCGGGGCCGAGAGAGGAUUGUACCCAGGCGCUGCGGCAUACGGCAUACGGCGGGCGCCAGCAACGGCGGCCUGGCCGCGCUGCUCCUGCGCGACUCAGCAGCGCUAUCCGCGCACCGACGGUGGGUCAUGAUGCUCGAGGCCGAGAACUCCGUGCUCAGGGCGGGAGGAGCCCCCGCCGGCGCGGACCCGGGGGAGGGCGAGGACGGCUCGGUGGGGGUGGCCG